UCGUCGAAACACACAGAAAUAUAAAACAUGAAUGCCCACCCUACAUCACACCCUGACCUAACCAAAUAGAGAAAUAAAAUGCUCUAAGGUCAGGGCGUGACAAUAUUACACUGUUUUCACAUUAGGCAAUACACUGGCACUACCCAUAAACAUUUACUGAAAAUAUCCUUGAUUUCUAUCCCAUUUGCAAUCAAAUUGCUAUAGCGUGAUUUAAAAUGAAAGGCACUGUUCCCGCUUUCGGGGAGACUGUAUUCACGGUAAACUCUGCAUAUUUUGCCUCAAUCAGAAAUUACCUAUCAAUUUUAAUCGCGCUAUAGCGUUGAACUUUCACAAUACAAAUUGAAUUGUGGCCUAGAUUUCAAUCGUGCUACAGUGCAAAUCUUCAGCACUUGAUAUUGAAUCAAGUCAAUUGAAAAAGUGCUUAGAGUUGUGAAACAACUACCUUUUUGAGGAUCUGUUUUGAGUUGUGUACUAACAGUUGUGACAUACGUGUGAAAAUCCCAUCAAAGUGAUUGAAAAAACUGUAACGUGAUACAAAUCAUGGGGGUUGGCUGUUUUCUUGUGUGCAUAGUUGCGCAAAGUAUGGAUGAUGAUAAAUACAUUUAUUUUAAAUCGCUCCACGCCCCACUCCCCCUAUGCCAACCCAAAACAUCUGCCAGCGACCAUGGUUGUGUGGGUUGGUGUGCGUGUGUGUGCCUUUUUUCAAUUUAUGUCCAUGUUUGUUUCCAUUAGUUUAUCUGCUGCUAUACGCUUGACAUAAUUAUAUCUACACACAGAGUACUGUUUAUUGUCCCGGCAUUCUUCCAUGGUUCCUGAUGCUAUCUGGUGACUUACUUGCUUCUAUAUUUGAAAUACAUUUGAGUUUACCUUCCAAAUCUGUUCUGUCAUCCCUCUUUCUUCCCUCACUUCUACAGAGUGCAGUAGCUCUGGAAAACAACCAGAAAAAUAGUGUGAGGGGGGGGGGGGAAGAGGGAAAAAGAGCAAGACCAUGGCUCAGAUUAAGCUGCAGAAUGUGGAGGACUACUAUGAGAUUGGAGAGGUGCUUGGCAGUGGUCACUUUGGGCAAGUGCGUGCGGUGCUGGAGCGGGCGUCCAAGGUCAACUGGGCGGGGAAGUUCCUGAAGCUGCGUCGGAGCGCCAGUAGCCGCCUGGGCCUGGAGAGGAAGAGUGUGGAGAGGGAGGUGGAGAUACUGCAGAGCCUGCAGCACGCCAACGUCAUGGCCCUCAGGGAUGUGUUUGAGAGUCGCGCCGAGGUCGUGCUCAUCGUGGAGCUUAUCAGUGGCGGGGAGCUGUUUGAUUUCAUAGCAGAGAAGGAGAGCCUGUCUGAGGAGGAGGCCAUAGAGUUCUUGAAGCAGAUCCUCAUGGGAGUGGGCUUUAUGCACACUAAGAACAUUGCCCACUUUGACCUCAAGCCAGAGAACAUCAUGCUGGCUGACAAGACGAUGCCACACCCCCACAUCAAGAUCAUUGACUUUGGACUGGCCCAUCGCCUCAAACAGGGGGAGGAGUACAGGAGCCUAUCUGGGACCCCACAGUACAUCGCCCCUGAGGUGAUUAACUAUGAACCCCUGAGCGAGGCAGCCGACAUUUGGAGUAUUGGUGUGAUAACCUACAUAUUGUUGAGUGGUUUGUCUCCCUUUCAAGGAGAUAAUGACGAGGAGACACUAAAGAAUAUCGUGGGGAUGAUCUAUGAGUUUGAAGAGAACUAUUUCACCCAGACCAGCGCCAUGGCCAAAGACUUUAUUGAGAAACUACUGGUCAAAGACCCAAUAGAGAGAAUGACAGCGGAUGAAUGUCUAGUACACCCUUGGAUCAAGCCCCUCACACGCAAACAGGCGGAUAACAGAAGUCGGUCAUCCAUUAACAUGAAAAGCUUCAAGAAGUUCAACGCCAAAAGGAAAUGGAAGAUGUCAUAUAACAUGGUGUGGGCGUGUAAUAGAUUAUUUCGCCUGCAGUUGCAGUGUAAAAGCAGGUCCCAGGAGGACCCAGAACUGAGGCAGUGUGAGAGCGACCAGGAGGACACGGAGACCAAGCCUGCUUCUCUCAUUCGCCGCAGACUCAGCAGCAGUUCCUAAAGAAGACCACUGGGGUCACUAACACAGCCUCAGACCACCGCUAUCCAUCCCACCAUGGGGGAAAUGGAGAGAAGGCUUUUGUGAGUGCACCAAUCAACAAUAGUCUGAGUUACAGAAUGACUGACUAUGCCAGUGACAAUACGAGUGACGAACCCGUUGAUGUGCAGGUGCCUAAAGCCAGUGUUAGUCCACAGAGUUGAAUCUUAAUGUCUCAGACACCGUUCCUGAUCAAACCGCUGUAGUUUACCAAACUGCUUCUGUUACACUUCACCCCCAUUUGACCUAGCAUUUGCCUGUGCCUUUUAUGUAUUUACCUGUGCCUUUUAAGUUUGACACAAUUAUUUUCUGAACAUGCCAAAACUUUUGUUUUGGUGCACGGGAUAGAGUGUCACACUUAUAGCUAACCUCGAAUUGCAAUUAUUAUGCCUUACAAUAUUAUGUGGUUAUAUCAUUUAGCCUCUGCCACAUGUUCUGAUAUUUUUGACUGCUGUAUGCCUGUCAAAGGUCAAGACUAUUCCAAACUCAUUUUUAUUUGAGUUUGAGACAUUUGCAUUUCAUACAAUUAACUAGAAAAAGUACUUGGUAACUAAAUUGUUAAUUGAGUGUUUCACAUGAAAUUAGGGAACUAUACAAGCCAUACAAUUGGAAAUAGAAGGCCUGUUUUUCUAAUUCUGCCUUUAAGUGGAUACAUUAUUUGUGUCAGAAUGUAGAUAUAAGUUUAUACAGAGCUACUGUACUAUACACAGCUACAGCCGUGUUCGACACUGACAUGUAAUGUAGUCUUAGUGUGUAGAGCCCUUAAAAGCCUUAUCAAACUUCAUCUUCGAUAUACUUUAUUGAACAUUUCAACCAUCUUUGGCUUAUGUCAAAGGUCAAUUUUAUAGUCAUUUUUGAAAGGGAAAGCUACUUUAUAACCUUGUGUAGGCUUGUUUUAAAGAAAUAUAUAUAAUAAUGAGAGUUUAAUACUGACAACAACCAUGUUUUGUGAAUUGUGUGAUGGUGAAUAAGAAAAUGUUAGUCUAUGAUGUUAAAGCUAUUACAGUAUAUACACACAUUUGUUACUUUGAAAGCCCACCAUUUUUUAAAGACAGCAGACUACUUGCACUGGUUGAGUUAUCAGUUUCUGUGGCACAUGAUGAGGUCAAGACAGUCAGUGAACGGCGACCCGUAUCUAACUUGACCACUGCGAACCUAGAGUUAACAUCACAAUCAUUGUCAAAGUUCAUUGUAACAGACAAAUGGAUUAGAAGAAGUGAGGCCUACAAACUUCAGUCUUUCAGUUCUUUUUCUAAAUGUUCUAAAUUGGUUCCAGGCUGUCAACCUCAUAUUCUUAUGGAAGGGUGGGGAAUUGUUGCCAUUUUCCUCUGGGUUUAUAAAAGGGUAUAGAGGUUUUGAAACGGGGUUGAAUAGUUGGCACUUCCAAGAUGAGCAGGAUCCAAGGAGUCAGCAGCAUUCUUGGAGAGAGGGUGCCAAGGAAAUAAAGAGCUUUCACACACUGUAAAUUCCUGAAUCUGCCCAUGCCCUCUCUCCUUCCAAUGUGCAUCCUACAGAGCACAUGCCCGUUGCCAUAGAGGACUCACAAACAGACGCACUCGAGCACGCAAGAGAGGUGAGUUUGGA